CUUCGCAGCACCAAACCAACCUCAUCAUUUCCGAGGAGCGGAGCGGAGCGGAGCAGAGCAGCAGCAGCAGCCAUGGCCAGGUGGUCUCAUCUCGCGUCCCUCGCCAUCGCCCUCGCGCUCCUGCAGGCCGCUUCGUCGGAGUCCUGGCUCUACGACCAGUUCACCACAGACGGCAACAUCCGCGCGUACGAGGCUUCCGGCCAGCAGGUGGCGAUGGUCAGCCUCGACCAGCACUCCGGCGGCGGCUUCAACUCCAAGGAGAAGUACCUCUUCGGCGAGUUCAGCAUCCAGAUGAAGCUCGUCCCUGGCAACUCCGCCGGCACCGUCAGCUCCCUCUACCUGUCGUCGGGCGAGGGCGAUGGGCACGACGAGAUCGACAUGGAGUUCAUGGGCAACUCCAGCGGCCAACCGGUGGUGCUCAACACCAACGUGUGGGCCAACGGCGACGGCAAGAAGGAGCACCAGUUCGACCUAUGGUUCGACCCGGCCGCCGACUACCACACCUACACCGUCAUCUGGAACCCCAAGAACAUCAUCUUCAAGGUCGACGAGAACGUCAUCCGCUGCUUCAAGCGCUACGCCGACCUCCCCUACCCAGACGCGAAGCCCAUGACGGUGCACGCCACGCUGUGGGACGGCAGCUACUGGGCGACGCAGAAAGGCAAGGUCCCGAUCGACUGGUCCGGCGCGCCCUUCGUCGUCUCCUACCGCGGCUACUCCGCCAACGCCUGCGCCAGCGGCAGCUCGUGCCCCGCCGGCAGCGACAAGUGGAUGAACCGGCAGCCCGACAACGCCGAGUGGGGCACCGUAGCCUGGGCCGAGCGCAACUACAUGCGCUACAACUACUGCGACGACGGGUGGAGGUUCCCGCAGGGCUUCCCCGGCGAGUGCAGCCGCAACUGAUCCGUCCAGGCAUCCAUUGUUCUUGAUUUCUAUUUUUUUCUUCGAUGGUUCUUGCUCUUCGUGUUAUUGUGAUACACGAGAGAAUCUCUCCGAGAUAUAUUGCUGGCUAAUGGCGGUGGUUAAUUAUCACCUAGCCAUCCGGGUUUGAUUCUCGCCUUCUGUAUAUUAAGGAUAGGGUGGAUGUCUCUUCCCCUUAUCAAGUUUUAUUUUUUAUAUGUUGUCAUACACAAAGGCCUGCAACAUCGUGCGUGAGUACAUCUUGUUUUUUC